AUGUAUAGCUUAGUGAAUUCAACAUUUAGCAAAACAUAUAAUCCGAGUGGGCGACAAAAUGCGCUGUCGGAUAUAAAACGAUUAUUGACUUCGCGGGACACAGUCGCUCAGAAUAAAGCAUGUGGCUACUUAAUUGAAGUUAUUAGUCGAAAUUCUACUAACAGAGUCUGUAUGGUAGAAUACCUGCUAGACAAUGAUAUCACAGUCUUUCUAUGCGAAGCUACAGCCAACUUAGAUUUCUCGCUCUUUAGAACAAUCCUAUCAUGUUUCCGUCUGUUGUACCGCGAGCGGCGCUUCUUCGCGGAGGAGCACGCGAGCCACGCCAGCACGGCCGUGCUCAGAGCAUUAGCUCACUACGCCGACAGCAACUCCAACACAGCCGUAGACGCUUGUCUUCAUUUCUUGUGCGAUUUACUCAAUGGGAUUAUCGCCCACAAAACAACGCCAGCUCUAUCCCACCAAAGCGCUUACUGCGCUGAGCAACUCUUAGCCAGCCUUAACGGCCUCGCGGCACGCAUCAACACCAACCCUAACUGCAUUCUAUCAAGCGCUUUAGUGCUACAUGCUCUGGUUUCCCACCAACCAGAUAACCUUGCCAUUCGAUCUGGUAUGGCUAGUUCCUUGGUCGAAGUCUUGGAUAAAUGGCUUGCUUUGCUGAUGGAAGCGCUGAAUCAUGCCAUGUUAGUGGGCAGUGAAGGGUUUGGAAUGAUUUACGUAGUGACUUGUCAGCUGGGCAUGGAUGUUUUUAGACUGACAAAGUAUCUUCGCGUGGAAAAUAAAGGUGAUUUCAUACAGAGCAUCUUAGCUGAUGACCAAGAAGCAACUUUAUUGGAGCAAUGCGCUCUACGAAUGAAGGACCGUAUACGAAGCCUUAUUUCUGAGCUUGUUGGUUUUACAAAGGAAAACCAAGACCAAAUUUCCACGGUAGAAUACGCCGUGUUCCUAAAGUUCCUUCUGACAUAUUUCUAUGAGAACACCAGAGGGGAACAAUUGACUGACUUCUGUGACAUGAUGUACGCUAAGGGCUACUUGACCAUGUUGCCACGAGUUCAGGUUCUAAGACGGGAUAUGACUGUUCGCAAAGUUAGCACUCUAAUUUUAGGCGAAAUGUUGAAGCUGCUAUCUCAAAAAUAUCUUAAUAUUGACAACAUGGACCCUUGUGGGAGCUACGAUAGGGUUAUACAUUCUGGUUUGGCAGAACUACAGAACGGUGUAGAGCAGCCCCAAGCCAUUGGUUCUCAACUGCAGAAGUCGCAGCCCUAUAGCCUGCUUAUUUACAUUUAUUUUUACUGCCAGUCUUCAGAGAAUCCGGAAGAAGCCACUGGUCCUCUCCUGCCAUACUUAGUGGAGCUUGUAUUGCGUACACCGGCCUCUUUCACGCCCCCCGCUUAUAUCAUUAAAGCACUAUGGCUUGUAUUCGCUAUGUCAACGAUUUCCAAUGGGCCGGUAAGCUCUCUUGAUCAAGGGGUGUAUUUAGAGAAAGCGACGCGUCGUGUACUGGACAUGCUUUACCCAGACCCUUCAGUAUAUUACACCCAUAACCCAGCUAUACUGCUGUGGGCUUUCUCGUCUCAGAGGAUCCCGAGCUACGUGAGAUUGCAAGUGCUAUCCCAAUGGUUGAAAAUCGGAGACUGUCUACCAACAGACUUAUCAACUGAACCCAUAGUAUGGGAACUACUUCUCAACGUGCUAAUUCAAUGUAAAGAUAAAACAAUAUUAGUGAAUUGUGUUCAGGCUCUAUACGUGUGUUUGGAAGACAGUACUGAUGAAUGCAGACAAGAGUUCGCUUGUUCUGUGUGGUCGAUGUUACCAGAAAUAUUGUCUAAGGCGAUCAUCUAUCAGGAUUCUGUGUUGGAGAUGAACAUCUAUUACUUGCUAGACCUAGCGACUAAUCUGGUCCCGCCCAAACUGGACCAAACUAUAUGCUUGAAGAUCUCGGUUCUCAUUACGAUCAUAUUCUCCAAGAACUCUCCAGAACAAUCCAUGGACACGAGAAAUCAGUAUGAAUACGUGUGCUUGAAGCUCAGUCUGUAUUUGUUGGGGCUGUCUUACAACCAAAAUGACAACAGAGUUCUCUUAACCUACAUCAAUCGCCCGGGGUACCUGCCUAGCGUUCUAGCAGCGUCCAACAGUCCUGACGACAAAGUGUCAUGUGCAGCUCUUCAACUGCUCUCUUACGUCGUCCAUUACUAUGCUAAGAAUAACUAUCAGCCGAAAUCAGUCCUUCAGAUUCAAACGCACUUGAUAAUAAAGGCUCUCAGAAGAGACAGUUCCAACGAACGAGGGGCGUCGCUUCUGCAAUUGGUGUAUAUGGUCCUAAAUUCUGGGGCUAAUACACCGAUGGUUCUGACUUACAACAUGGAGUUUCAGACCUCCGUGCCGCAGCAAUGUAACGCGAUGAGAGCGCUUAUGUUUAGAAUACAGAUGAUUUUGUGUUGCCACAAAUCUGACACACAGUCGUCAGCUGGAUGGAAAACCCUUAGCUCACUAUUCAAACACGCGAUCGUAUUCAAAAACGACCCACAACUCGUAGCUACGCUCACAUCGCAGGGUUGGACACACAUAUUGAUACAAUUUCAACUGACGCAGAACAUUUUUGAGGAGUUCCUAACAUUUAUGCAAAACUGGUUGACUCUACUGAAGAUAACCAUAAAAAAAAGUCAAGAAAAUACGAGGAGGUAUAUGAGUAAGCAGAGCUUGGUGGUGAAAACUAUGCUAUUGAUAAAGAAAAGCGUCCUAAUAGAAGGGGACAUGAAAGACGUGAAGCAAAAAGUAAUAGUUAUUAUCAAUGAGAUUUUGGAAGAAAACUGCAUAAGAUAUAAUUAA